GCGGGGAGGGAAGCACAGUGAUGGCGCGCUCAGCUCCCUCCCUGCCCACCACUUGACUCGCCCAAUGCGUGGAAAUACAAAACUUGGUCGCCUUUCGAACCUUCACGCGCGAGAAAUUUGCCGAAUCAAAGUCAAGAAGAGAAAGGGCAAUAAAGGAAGGAAGAAGAAGAAAACAAGAAAAUAAAAGAAAGUGCGAUGAGAAAGAUAAGAGAGUGUUAAGAGUGAAGGAAGGAAAAGAAAAUAGAAAUAAAGAAGAGGAAGGAGGAGAAAAAAAGAGGUAAGAAAGGAGAGAAGAGAAAAUAGCAAUGAACGAAACGGGGAGGAAAUAGAAAAAAAAAGAAAAAGAAAAGAAAAGAAACAAAAAUGGAUGAAACUUCGGAAACCAAAAACAUAUAACGGAAAGUGAAGGAGAAGGAAUAAUAAAAAAGAGAGAGGGAAGAAAAGAAAGAAAGAAAGAAAAGGAGGAAGUGAAUAGAAAGGAAGAAGGGAAAGGGGGAGAGAAAGGAAAAAAGAAAGAAAGAAAGAAUAAGAAAAGAAAAUAGAAUAGAAAAGAAAAAUAGAGGGUGAAAAAUAAGUAAAAAAAAGGAGUAGGAAACGAGAGAAAAAAAAAAAAUCAAAGGGAGAGAAAGAGAGAGAAAAACAGAAGGAAAAGACGAGGCGGAAGAAAAUAGCGAAGAGGAGGCCACGAGAAGUGCGAAAAAGCCGCCACCAUGACGAUGUCCAGCUACGAAAUCCGCAAUGACGACGGCGCACACAACAGCGAGAAGGUCACUAAGCUGGUGGUGGAGAUCAACUCGCAGGUGGCUCUGUUCCGGGACCUGCUCAUCUGCGUGGGGCAGAGCCGCGACGGCCCUGAGCUGAGGGAGCGAAUCCGGAAGGUCCGGCGCCAGUGCGUGGACACUUGCAAGCACGCCUCCCAGCUCCUCCUUCCCGGCAUCAAGAACGACGUGGCCGAGGGCAUCCCCGUGGACAACCAGAACUUCGUGCACCUGGUGGCUUGCACGCAGCUCAUGUCCCGCGAACUGCGGAAGUGCAAGCGCCUCGUGCAGACCAUGCCCGUCGACAUGACUGAGUACUACGAGAACAAGCCGGGCCCGUCGGGCAUGGGCGGCCUGGGCGUGAUCUCGCAACUGCUGCUGUGCAAGACCCUGCAACCCGACUUCCACCAGGAGGAGGUCUGCAGCAUAGAGAAGGACAGCGACGACAUCAACGCCAUCCUGAAGGAGAUGCAGGAUUACAUGCCGCAGGAGGACGCCGCCAACAGGAACCUGGCGCUCACGGGCGAGGACAUGUUCAGCCUGUGGAGCAAGAAGCGGACGCGACGCUCCCUCUACCGCAACAUGAGCGCGUUAUGUUGCACCUGCAAGCCGGCUUACUUGUAAUACGCCAGAGUCUAGUUCUCGCGCCACUCCACCGCCACCUCCAUCACUCCACUCGCUGCAGCGCCUCCCACCU